AAAACAUUUGCCACAAACAGAAAUGAAAUUCACAAAUCAACAAAAAGUCAGAGAAAACCAUCCCAGGCAGUUCAUUUUUCAAAAACAGGGAAAAAGCUGUCAUCAGAACUUCAGAAACUGAGGUUUGAGGAUCUUAGCGAAUCAGAAUCUAGUAGCAUCCGUAAAGACUCCCAACCAAAUCAAGAUAAAGAGUUUGAGAUUGUGUUUGGUGUGGCCCCAUGUUUAUUGGCUCUCACUCGGGGAAGAAGGAGUGCAAGUUGUCUGUUUGUGAAAAGUGGCGAAGGGCCGGAGAGAGAUGCCAUUCUAAGGGUCUGUCAGGAGGCCAUCAGACGUGGUGUACAGAUAAAAAGAGUUAAUAAACAAACGCUUGAGAAGAUGUGUGAUGGAAAGGUACACCAGGGACUGUGUCUGCAAGCAAGUUGUCUUGGGUUUAUCAAAGAAGAAAGACCAAUAACAUCUCUUGAGGUGAAGAAUCAGAGGCCCUUAUGGCUGGUUUUGGAUGGAGUGCAGGAUCCGAUGAAUCUUGGUGCCAUUUUGCGGUCUGCAUACUAUCUAGGAGUGGAUCGGAUUGUCAGCAGCAUUAAUAACAGCUGUCCUCUGACGCCUACUGUAAGCAAAGCCAGCGCUGGGGUGAUGGAGGUCAUGGAUGUGUUUGGCUGCAGCAAUUUGAAACGCAUGAUAAAGGUGAAGGUGGAGGAAGGUUGGCAGGUAGUCGGCACUGUUGGGUUGGAAGAAGGCAGUUCUCAAUCCAAUGUUUUGUCAUGUUCGGAUUUCAAGAUGUCCAGACCAACACUGCUGUUAAUGGGUGGAGAGGGUGACGGUCUCUCUUCAGAACUGCGUCAGCUGUGUGAUGUUCUGAUUACAAUCCCUCCACGUAGACACAUGCAUCCUGGAGUAGAGUCACUCAACGUGUCGGUAGCCACAGGCAUCCUGCUGCACUCUCUUCUGUCCACCCGCAAAGGAAACUGUUGAUGAUGAUGAUGAUGAUGGCAACAGCGACAAGGCUACAGCAUUAUUUACUCUGACGUCUCUCAUUAGCCUCCAACAGUGAUUAAUGACUGGAUUACUUCAUCAAUUAACAGUCGGAGAGUCUGGAGAGGCCCAUUGAUCAGAUAAAGAGAGCCUGUAGAUGCAUUUUGGUCCAGUUACUGACUAUGACCACCGUGUUUAAGGCAAGACCUGCACUGCACCAUGUCUCUAUCAUCUUAGCAACGAUCAAGACAUGCUUUUAAAAGCAGAGACAUAAUGAUUCAUUAAUCAUCUACUUUACGAAGUGUUACUGUAGACUUUUGCCAGAUUUAAAUUGAUAAAGUCAUGUUAAAUGAACUAUGGAUGUUUUUGAUAUUAUAUUAAAAAUAAAAUGAUGAAAAGCCAUGAAAGCUGAAAAGAUA